AUGGAAAAAUCCAAAAAUUUCCGCAUCGACGCGCUGCUGGCCGUGGACCCUCCGCGAGCGGCCUCGGCGCAGACCGCGCCGCUGGCCCUGGUCACGUCGCUCGCGGCCGCCGCAGCUGGCCCCGGGGGCGGCGGCGGCGGCGGGGCGAGCGGUGGGGCGAGCGGCGGCUGCAGCCCCGCGUCCUCGGAGCCGCCCGCGGCGCCCACCGACCGCCUGCGCGCCGAGAGCCCGUCGCCGCCGCGCCUGCUGGCCGCGCACUGCGCGCUGCUGCCCAAACCGGGCUUCCUGGGCGCUGGCGGCGCGGGCGGCGGGGCGGGCGGAGGCGGAGGCGGGCCCGGGGGGCCCCACCACCACGCGCACCCCGGCGCCGCCGCCGCCGCUGCGGCCGCCGCAGCCGCCGCCGCUGCCGCGGGGGGUCUGACGCUGGGGCUGCACCCGGGGGGCGCGCAGGGCGGCGCGGGCCUCCCGGCGCAGGCGGCGCUCUACGGCCACCCGGUCUACGGCUACUCGGCGGCGGCGGCGGCGGCGGCCGCGCUGGCCGGGCAGCACCCGGCGCUCUCCUACUCGUACCCGCAGGUGCAGGGCGCGCACCCCGCGCACCCCGCCGACCCCAUCAAGCUGGGCGCCGGCACCUUUCAGUUGGACCAGUGGCUGCGGGCGUCCACCGCGGGCAUGAUCCUGCCCAAGAUGCCGGACUUUAACUCCCAGGCGCAGUCCAACCUCCUGGGGAAGUGCCGCCGGCCACGCACCGCCUUCACCAGCCAGCAGCUGCUCGAGCUGGAGCACCAGUUCAAGCUCAACAAGUACCUGUCGCGGCCCAAACGCUUCGAGGUGGCCACGUCCCUGAUGCUCACCGAGACCCAGGUGAAGAUCUGGUUCCAGAACCGGCGGAUGAAGUGGAAGCGCAGCAAAAAGGCCAAAGAGCAGGCAGCGCAGGAGGCCGAGAAGCAGAAGGGCGGCGCGGGCGCGGGCAAAGGCGGCGGCGCCGGGGACCAGGGGGACGAGGAGCUGCUGGGGCCGCCGGCGCCCGGGGACAAGGGCAGCGGACGCCGCCUGCGGGACUUGAGGGACAGUGACCCCGAGGAGGAGGAGGAGGACGACGACGAGGACCAUUUCCCCUACAGCAACGGCGCUAGCACGCACGCCGCCUCCUCUGACUGCUCCUCCGGGGCCGACUCGCCUGCCCCGCGGUCCGGCGGGCCCGGCGGGCCCGGCCACCAGCCCCCGCCCCAGUAG